CAUAAGCAAAAACUUGUUACUUAAUUGAAGUAGCAAGAACCACUAGUAAUUAAAAAUGAGUUCCAAUUCCAAACAAAAUCAGCACUCUGUUGAAGUAACAGAGGUUGAUGAUGCUUACCCCAUUGCUCUGUCACUAUGUUUCAGUCGAAUCUUUCCUGCAAUUUUGAAUGCUGCUGUGGAUCUCAAUUUGUUUGAUAUCAUUGCCAAGGCACAAAAAUCAAGUGGUUCAAGCUUGUCUGCUGCUGAAAUUGCUUCUCACCUUCCAUUUCAACACUCAGAAUUGGCCAUUAGGCUUGAAAGGACGUUACCUGUGUUGGCUAGUUUUUCUCUGUUAACUUGCUCCAUUCGCACCACUGAAGGUGGUAACAGAGAAAGAGUCUAUGCUAUCUUACCCGUUGGAAAAUACUUUAUAUCCGACAACAAUGAAGGCUCUUUUGGUCCCCUCUCCGCCUUAGUGCAUCGAGGAUAUCAUGAUAUUUGGAAUGAUGUCAAGGAUGCAAUUGUCGAUCCUAACAACAAAAACCAAUUCCAAAAUGUCUACGGAUUGGAGCCUUUUCAAUAUAUGGAGAAAAAUAAAGAGUUGAAUCACUUGUUUAACAAAGCCAUGGUCCAUACUGGCCCAUUAGAUAUGAAACGACUCUUUAAAAUAUAUAAAGGAUUUGAGGGCAUAUUAACAUUGGUUGAUGUGGGUGGUGGAGAAGGUCAGGCCUUAAAACAAGUUAUCUCUCAAUAUCCUUCAAUAAAAGGAAUUAACUUUGAUUUGCCUCAAGUGAUUCAACAUGCAUCACCUCAUCCAGGGAUAGAACAUGUAUCGGGAGAUAUGUUUGAAAGUGUUCCAAAGGGUGAUGCCAUUUUACUCAAGCGCGUAUGUCAUAACUGGCCAGAUGAAGAUUGUGUGAAGUUUUUGAGAAAUUGCCAUAAAGCUUUGCCUGAGCAUGGAAAAAUGAUUAUUGUGGAGUCUAUAUAUCCAGAAGUUCCAAAUUCAAGCACUACAUCUCAGUGUGUCAGCCUUAUUGACAAUGUCAUGUUUUUAGUACAUGGUGCAAAGGAAAGAACUGCGAAUGAAUUUCGAAGGUUAUGCUCGAGCUCUGGAUUUUCCAAAUUUUGUUUUUCGGACAAUACUGGUUUCUCAUCUGCAUUAGGGGUAAUGGAGUUUUAUAAAUAAAUGUUAUUAAGAAUUAUCUAGGAUUCUUAAUACAUAAUGCGAUUAUGUAAUCUAUUUUUAUUUCUUGUUUAUUGUCUCGCUUUCCUUAUAAUGCGCUUGUACGAUGUUCAAUAACUGUUCUAAUAGAAUAAUUAUG